AGAAGGUAUAUAUUUGUCUUAGUGCUGCUAAGAUUGCUCUUAGUCUAUUCCGGUUCCUUAUUGGUAAUGAAAAUGGAAGAGACUCCAGAAUUUCUCAUGGGAUUUCUUCAGAUGUCAUAGGUAAUGGCA